UGUUUUUAAAAAUAAACUCAAUCCAAAUUGUUUGUCAAUUAAAAACGUAAGCUCAUGUUUCAUUUGUGGAAUAUUCAAUCAAUGCUCAAUAUCUCAUUGAAUUCAGUUUAUUUUGAAAACUAUAAUAUGCAUUUAUUCAAAAGUAUCUAACUGCGAAAGGAAAUACAUAUACAUUGAAAAAUAAAUCAAAACAAAAUAAUCAACGCAAUGGAAAACCGCAAAAGGCAAUUAAAAGCUCAUCGAAGAAAUGUGGUUCGAAAAAAUACAAGUCACCAUGGAAGAUCCACAAAACUACAGAACCUCGAAUUAUCAAAUUAUUCUCCUUCAAUCAAGAUUCAACAUAAUCGAGGUCCUUUAACAAGUUCGUCUUCUUCGAAUUCAUCAUCAAUGAAGGCAUUUAUUUUCAAUACUGAUACUUUGGGUCGGAAUCAAUACUUUCCUUCCUUGCCCAGAGAAUCAACAGAUCGAAGAAUUGUGAAAUAUCACAAUACUCCUAGGACUUUACUUUUAAAAAGCCCUUCUCUCAACAAGCUUAUUCAAAGCACUUUCAUUUUGGGCGGAGUCAACUCUAAUCUAAACUUGAACGAAAUACAUAUUUGUGAUAGAACAACAUCGGAAUGCAUCCAAUAUUUGAAAAAUUUUUCGGGAAACACUUCACCAUCGGACCGUGAUAUAAUCUUUGGAAAUGCAAGGAAACUAUUGAAACAAACUUGUGGCUGGGAGAAUUCACGCAUUCAAUGGUUGUUGGACUUGGAACGACGACAAGAAAUGCGUCGUACUAAAGAGCAAUGCUACGAAGAAGACCUCAUGGAAAUGAUUUGUUGUUUUCCAUUAAACUUGAAUAUGCUAACUUAGAAAACUGAUUAGGUCCUUUUGUGUUCAAUAAUGUAAUUUUACUAAAACGUUGAUUUAUAAAUAAAAUGGAAUGUUAUAAGCAAACAA